GGCAAACGUCCAACCACAAAGUAACCUCGAUGCGCAAGGGGCACAUUGUCCACUAUGGUGCCGUUUUUUAGAAUUUCAAGGGCAUAGACGUCAUCUGGAGGAGGACCACCCCACUGGGGCUCUGUGUAUGGCAGGGUUCCAAAAUAUUAAACUGUCAUCAUCAUGCGUUACUGGGGCGAGAUCCCAGGACCUCCAGGGGCCCCUGCCAGUCGCAGCUCCUUCGAUUUGCUCCAGCGUGAGUUCAGAUCAGUGGAGAUGCAGGAUCCUCCACUGCAUCAGCCUUCGGCCCAGCGUCCGCGUCCCACCACUAUGCUGGACAUUCCAUCAGAGCCUUGCAGUCUGACCAUUCACACGGUACAGCUGUGCCACCACGCCCGCCGCCUCCGUGGCCUUUUGGCGGCCGCUCAGGGUCAGGGCUCGACAUCUUCCGAGAUUAGUGGCAAACUGGAAGAUGCUGAUUCAAACCUGCCUCUGCGCCCCCCCACACCUCCUGCAUUGCCUGAUGAUUUGCUACCGCUUGACUGCAAAGAUCCUCUGCAACCCUUUCAACUUCGCCACAGCGACCCUGAAAGCGACUUUUAUAAGGGUAGAGGGGAGCCAGUCACAGAGCUGAGUUGGCCUUCCUGCAGGCAGCUCCUUUAUCAGUCAGUGGCCACCAUCUUGGCCCAUGCAGGCUUCGAGACGGCCCAGGAGAGUGUGCUAGAAACGCUGACCGACUUGGUUCACGAGCACUACCUACGCCUGACCCGCCUCCUGAGGGUAGCUGUGGACAGAGAGGCCCGUCUGGGGGCCAGUCCCUUUCCUGACGUCAUGGAGCAAGUGUUCCACGAAGUGGGCAUUGGCAGUGUGCUUGCCUUGCAGCGCUUUUGGCAAGUGCGCGUCAAGGAUUAUCACAGCUACAUGUUACAGGUCAGUAAUGAUCUGUCAGAAGAAUACGAAAGGUUGGUGAAUCCUGAAAAGGUUCUGGAGGACUCAAAGCCCCCCAGGAUCAAGGAGGAGCCCAUGAGUGACAUUUCCUUCCCUGUUAGUGAGGAGCCAGAGGCCGACCUCGCCUCUGGGGACCAAGCCUUACCCAUGGGGGUCCUCGGAGCUCAUGGUGAGCGGUUCCCUGGUAGCCUGGAUGCUGACCAUUCUCCUCACACGUCAAGUGGCGGUGUGGUCAACAACUCCCCCUUGUGGCCACAGGUAAAAAUUGAACCACACGAUGGCGACGAAGGCCAGGGUGCGUCACAUCAUCCUCAUCACCAUCACAACCUGGGCGGAGAUGUGUUUGAGGAGGGGGGCCCCAUGUCGACCAUGAGCGAGUCGGGAGGGGCAAUGGUGUCCUCUCCUCCUGGCGCGGUUUCAGAUGGCAGCUAUGCCUCACAUUCUCCUGACUCCCUGAUGAGCAACUCACCUGUCUUUAACCAGAGACCCAAGAAGCGAGCAAAGAAGAUGUGAGGUCAUGUUGUAUGAUUGUUCAGACUGCAGACUUCCCAAAGAAAAUUGUUCAAAGAAGAAAGCAUGCAUGGUUGUUUUUGUUUAGAAUACUUUUUUUGACAUUUCAUAAAGUACAUUCACAUCAUCUACUGAUUCAUUAAGUAAUCUGAAGUUUAUCCCAUCUGAGUUUAGGGAGAGGCAGAGUACAAGCUAGACUGCUCACAAUACAAAACAAAGAUGUGAUUUUUCUGUUUGUAGGCAGAAUUCUGUCUUUUUAAAUUGCAUAGAUAAAAAAUAUAUAUUUUUCAUUUUUCUGCAAUAUUCCCACCAUAACCCGUGCCAGAAUCCACACUUGUUCAUUUUCCAAUCCGACUUUUGCAAGCGAGGCGGAAAAUUUGAUAUGUGUCUGUUGAUUGAAAUGAAAAGGCUUGUUGUAUACGAGGCAGUUCAUGGGGCCAUUUGCAAGUGAACACGAUGGCGGUGUUCGAGAGAAAAGAUGCCUCUUGAGUGAAAAAAAAAAUUGAUCGAUAUCUCAAAAAUAAGUUCAGAUGGGAUUGAAUGGAACGAGAAAACGUCAAUACUGUUGAAAAGAAGGAAGUUACCACUCUGUUAAUCGACUUAAUUCGCAAAAUUGAUCGACCUGGUAAAGCAUUGUGCACGUGGUGUCAGGACACUAUUGACUAUGGAUCAAGAGGUUUGAAGGCAUUGGAAGUUCACGCAAAACGACAAAACACAUCAAACAACUGGAAGCAAGGAAAACAAACUUUUCCAUAGCUGGUACAUUCGGAUGUCAACCCAAGGCCAACAAACCUUACGGACUUCAUCCCUUGUUUACGUCCACUACCACCGGUAGUGAGAGGCAAGAUCCACCGAAACAACCAACCCCUGUUGCAGAUAGGGGCGUCAAUAAUGAGGUGAGGGUUCAGAAGCAAUUACUUGUAAAAAUGUAUAUUAUUUACUGAUAACGAAACAUGUCAUUAAUAAUUGUUGUCAAA